AUGUUCGGGUGGUUGACUCGAUGCCUGCCAGGGUUUAGUAUUCUAGCCUUGAUAUUUCUGCUGAUAUGCGCCUUCUCCAAUCUCAUGUCCUCUCGAGCCUGGAGGGACAUCUUUCCACCAUGGGUUAGCCAACCUCUCCAUGAAGGUUGGUGGAUUGGACUGAACAUGGCACAAAUUAUCUUUGUCAUCUAUGCCAUGCUCAUCCAUUUCCAGAUGUUUGCCUUCACUCUUCGUCUGGGAUGGUCAAUGUUGCGGGUGACAGCCAAGACAAGAGAAGCUCUAGGAAGGCGUCCUACGCCAAAACGGGCUGUCUCCGUAUCUUCUGCUUCCUCUUCCUCCUCUUCCCCUUGCCCCACCUUGGAUGAAGGAUACGAAAGUCAGUCCCUCUCGCCAGUAUCCCUCCCAUCCCCAAACCCGUUUAGCGAGAAGCUAUACUCCAUCACCGGAUCCAAAGUUGAGGAGGAUGAGUUGAUCCAUGCCAUCAUUUUACCAAAUUAUUCUGAGGAUCUCCAUACGCUGGAAACAACUUUAAAUGUGCUGGCCAGUCAUCCACGAGCCAGAUCACAGUAUGAGGUGAGUGCUUAA